AUGUGGUGUGCUGUACAUCGCCUGACGACACGUGUCUCCGCAUUCUCUUUGAAUUCCGCUGCCACCAGCAGCAGACGCUACAAUGCUCAAUCCGUCGCCCUUCGGUUGAGCAGUUCUACAUCUGAAGCUUCCCCGCUUACUGUGAUUCCCAGAGUCAAGGCUGCUGAUGCCACUGAAGCUAGUGAAGGACCAGUCCUUGUCAAGGGUUGGGUGCGAACGCUCCGAAAGCAAAAAGAAGUUGCAUUCGUUCAGAUUAAUGAUGGAUCCAAUCUUGGAGGGAUCCAAUGUGUUGUUCCGUUGAGUGAAAUCGACGAAGAUACCAAGAAAGAGCUCGACAAAGUUUCCACCGGAUGUGCUGUGGUUAUCGAAGGUCCACUAGUCAAAUCACAAGGAGGAAAACAAGCUGUGGAAGUCACAGCUAACAAGCUAAAGGUGGUAGGCGAGUGUCCCGGUGAUACUUAUCCUCUAGCCAAGAAGCGUCACACUCUCGAGUACCUUCGAACGAUCGCCCAUUUGCGUCCCCGUACCAAUACCAUUGCGGCCGUAGCCAGAGUUCGAUCCCAUUUGGCCGGAGCCAUACAUGCUUUCUUCCAAGAGGUUGGUUUUGUUUAUGUUCAGACACCAUUGAUCACAGCCAGUGAUUGUGAGGGAGCAGGUGAACUAUUCCGCGUUACCACCCUCGAGAUGGACAAGAUCUCCGACCUUCCCUUGAAGAAAACCGAAGAUGGAAAGGGAACCACGGACGAAAUUGACCACAGCCAAGACUUUUUCGGAAAGCCAGCGUACUUGACUGUCAGUGGUCAGCUGGGUGGAGAAACAUAUGCUUCUGCCUUGGGUGACAUUUAUACAUUUGGCCCAACCUUCCGUGCCGAAAACUCCCAAACGACAAGGCAUCUUGCCGAGUUCCACAUGGUGGAGCCCGAGAUGGCCUUUGCGGACCUUGAUUCUGCUAUGGGAAACGCCGAGCAAAUGCUCAAGUAUGUGGUCAAGCAUGUGCUAGACAAAUGUCAGGAAGACUUGGAAUUCUUUUCCAAAUUUUACGACAAGGAAUUGAUCAAGAAGCUGGAAGCACUUGUGGAGCAACCAUUCGCCCGAGUUUCCUACAGAGAUGCGAUUGCCUACCUACAGGAAGAAAUUGCCAAGGACCCAUCCAAGUGGCAAUUCCCGGAUGUCGAAUUUGGCACUGAUUUGUCCACCGAACACGAGCGCUGGCUUGCGGAAACCAAGUUUGGAAGCUGUGUCUUUGUUUACAACUAUCCCAAGGCCAUCAAGGCGUUCUACAUGCGUGACAAUGAUGAAGAUGGCGGCGAAACUGUGAACGCUAUGGAUCUGUUGGUUCCAGGUGUUGGAGAAUUGGUUGGCGGAAGUCAACGUGAGGAACGAUUGGAUGUCCUAUUGGACAAGAUGGGUGAAUUGAAGCUCGAUCCCGAGGACUACUGGUGGUACCUUGAUCUUCGGCGCUUUGGUUCUGUACCACAUGCUGGAUACGGGCUUGGAUUUGAACGUUUGGUGACUUAUGUUUGCGGAAUUGAAAACAUUCGAGAAGCCAUCGCGUACCCCAGAUACCCUGGACAUGCCGAGUUCUAA